UUGGACUUAUUUUCCUGGUUACAUUGUUUCGUUGUGACAAUAAUAAUAACGAUGAUAAUUUUUCCAGAUACCAACAUAUCCAACUAUCUAAUCAAUAUUCACUUUGAUUGUUAUAGUUAAUUAAAUUAAUGAGAAAUUAAAUUUGAUUACAAUUAACAGAAAUCUAUUGAAGUUACAAUUGUAGAGAAACAAAUUGUUACAAAUACUUUUAUUUCAUUCACUUUAAUUACCAUAAUAAUCAUCUAAUACUUUUCUCUUGAUUAGCUUUGUUUUCAUCUUUAAGAUUUCAUUAAUUCCCUUUAUGAUUAUUAUCUUAAUUAUCUAACCAUUAUCUUGAUUACUUUUCUAUUACAAUUGAAUUAACUUUGAUUCAUUUUCAACUCGAAAGUUAAUCAGUUAACCUGCGCCAUCUAUUGGAUAAACAAGUAACUAAUGAUGGAUGAAUUUUUUUAUUCACAAUUAAUUUAAGACAAUUAACGAUUAAAUGAUUUAAUUAAAAGUUGAGAAAAGAAGAGAAAAUUAUCUCAGUUAAUUUGGAAAGUUAAUUGUUUACUUUAAAUGAGAAUUGAUUUAGUGAAAGAAAGUGAGAGAUAAAUAAAGUUCAGUUGAAUGUGAUUACCAAAUGAUCUCGUGUUAAUCAGGAAAUUGUCUUCUAUUAUUAUGGUUCACCACAAGAGGAAAUUGAUACAAAGAGAAAUGGAUUGGUAACAAUUACUGAUGGAUCACAAUUGGUGACAAUUUGACAGUUAUAAUCCACUCCGAAUAUUAAUUAGUUUAUUAUCCGUUCAAUUACACGUGUUAGACCUUAAUUGAGGUUCUAAUGAUGCUAAUAUCAUGGGAGAAAAGUUAAUGUUGGUGUUUUUCAGUUCAGGACAAAAGGUUGAACAAAAUUUUUUUUUUCCUAAAUUGUCAUUUUUAUGAUAAUCAGAGUGUUAUCUUUACCCUGACACUUGGGUGACAAUUCAUUUGAAAUGAUUACUUAUGGUGAACAUGAUGAUUAUAUUCAGUUAAAGAAAACUUUUCCAUGUUAAUCAAUAUGUAUUACUACAAGUUAACUUUUAUUGUUCCUUUGGUUUUAUGUUUAAUUCAUUCAUUGUCUUCAUCUUUUAAUGACACUUUAAGUCAACAAUCAGAUAGACAAACAUCUUCAUCUUCAUCUCCAGAGGAUUCUGAUUCUUUACAAGCCAGAACUAAGCCUUACCUUAAGCAGUCCAUUUUCAAUAAAGGAUUUAGUUUGUUCACCGGUGGGAUGGGAGGUGGUGGUGGUUGUUGUCCAUGUUCAGAGUGUUGUCUUUGUGGACCACCGCUUAUUCCUGGUGGCGGUGGUAUUCCAGGCGGUGGUGGACCAGAUUAUCCUGACCCUGGAAUACUUGAGGAUCCCAAUGGGCCAGUAUUGUUCAAUCGAUUCGGUUCAACGGCGACUUUGUCUUCGUCCGCUUCAAGGCGGGUUGUCCGUCGACGUUAUGUCCGUCCAAAUGGACUUGUUGUUGUGGAAAUUGAGGAACAACCCGCUGGCGGGUUUAGAGGCAGUGGUCUUUUUGGUACUGGACUGUUUUCUCGGUUCAUUCCAUCAGCUCUGGAAAAUGGUGGAAACUUUUCCCGCCGCCGACAAAUAGUUAAACCUUCAAACAAUCCCAAUGGUGGUUUACAGCAAUCAGUUAAUCCGGAAUCUCAUGAAAGUAAAGAUCGUUACACUUUAACUAAUAACAAUCAAAGACGAACAAGAAACAGAGUUAAUAAUCAAGGUUAAUUGUUUCAAUCAUCAAAUUGUUAAUCACCAUUCAGUACAAGUAUCAACAGUUGACAUUGAUGCAAAAAUCAAUCAGUUAGUUUUUCAAUCCUUCAACAAUUAAAAUCCAUCCGAUAAUUAAUUGGUUCAACAGCACGAAAAAAAAUUCAAACAAAACUAAAUCAUUUAAUUGUCAGCAAUUAACCUGUUCAAAUAAUAGUAAUUACAUUGAUGGUAAAUCAAUUUAAUUACUACAAAGUUAAUCAUUUAGUUUGAUCAAUCGCUCUGAUAAUAUUUAAUCAACAAGUACAAAAAAAACAAAACGUAAUGAUUAAAAGUAAUAAAACCUCAACAUAAACAAAUCAACUGAUUCAAUUCAUUAUCUUUCUAUAGUUUUUGAUUUAAUUGUUAACAAUUAACAAGAAAAAAAAUUUCUAAAAGAUCGCUCGUUUACUUUUUCUCAUCAAGAUGUCGCUGUAUAUAAAACACUUAAUUAGAAGUUCUAAUUAAAGGAAAUCAAUUGAUUAGUAAUUCAGUGAUUAAAAUUCAUUGUUAUUGGAAAUUUAAUCUUAAUUGUUAUCUGAAUAAGCUCGUUGAACUU